UAUUAACAGCGGCCCAUCUGGAGAUGUUGCACACCAGACAACCUGUCCUUCUCUUCACCUUUUGUUCUCCUCCCGUUUGAAGAGAACUGACUCCAGGGAGGACCCUUUCUCGUUUGUAUUCUUGGAGAUUUUGAUUUUAGAUUCCCUUUCUCACCCUCUCGAGUGAACGCUCGGUUUUGAUACGGCGGGCAACCGUGUCUCUAGUGGCUUUACUUCACCAUGUCUACAGACUACACAUACGAUGAGCAGGGUCAAUUCUUCCCGUUCUUCAUCCUGACUUUGGCGGGCCUCGUCACCUUCCCUCUAACAUACAAUCUUCUCAAGCCUAGCAAAGGACUCGAAAAUACCGCCCCCCGAAUACAGUCCGAGUUCAAACCUCAACAUGAAGACCUCAUCGAGGCGCAGAAGCGGAAACGCCUCCGCAAGGAGCGUCGCAUCAAGCGCAUAGUCACCGUUAUCCUAGGUUAUGCCAUCAUGGCAUGGAUGGUGUAUUUGAUCAUCGUCACCUCGCGCGCUGCACCGAAGAUCUGGGACCCAUAUCAGAUUCUGGGCGUUUCAAGGAGUGCGGACGAGAAAGCGAUUUCCAAGCACUACAAGCGCCUGUCGCUCAUCUACCACCCCGAUAAGAUUCGCCCCGACCCCUCAAAGAAUGAAACUCUCGAGAUGCUGAAUGACCGCUUCGUGGAACUCACCAAGGCGUACAAGGCCCUGACGGAUGAGGAAGUGCGCAACAACUAUCUUCAGUACGGUCACCCCGACGGCAAGCAGAGCUUCAGCAUUGGCAUUGCCCUUCCUCAGUUCAUCGUGACCGAGGGGAAUGGAAAAUAUGUUUUGUUGGUUUACGGAGGACUCCUCGGUGUUCUUUUGCCGUAUAUCGUUGGUAAGUGGUGGUACGGGUCUCAGCGAUAUACAAAGGAACGGGUCUUCGUCGCCAGUGCGGGAAAUAUCUUCCGGGAGUAUAAGGAUAAUAUCACAGACGGCGGAAUCGUCAACGCCCUCUCCUCCGGUGACGAGUUCAAAGAGAUGAUCCAAGGUCCACAAGCGGAAUCGGGCCUCGCGAAGCUUGAGAAGAAAGUUCUUGCUGAGGAUGCCAGGUUCAUCUUGGAACAAGAUCGAAAGGCGAUCAAAGCUCUGGAUGAACCGAGCCGAAGAAAGGCACUGGCACUUCUGUGGGCUUAUCUGGGCCGCGUUGAGCUGGAAGACGCUGCUCUUGACGGAGAAAAAUAUGAAGUCGCACCUACUGCACUUGCGUUGAAUGAGGCCUUUACAACCAUCUCUCUGGUUUUCGGCAACCUUCGUCCUAUCCUAGGCGCCUUCCGCACAUCUCAAAACCUGAUCCAAGCCGUUGCACCAGGAUCCUCUCCCCUUCUGCAGCUCCCAUAUUUCACGGAUGCAGUGGUCCAGUCCAUCGAGGGCCCAGACGCCAGAACCCAUUUUACUGUCCAGAAAUUCAUGAACAUGUCCGAGGAAAAGCGCCGCGCUCUUACCGUUGGCGCUGGUGUUAUUUCCGAGAAGCAGUACUCCACAGCCAUCGCCGUUGCUAAACAACUACCCGUUUUCCAAGUCUCCAAGGCAUUCUUCAAGGUCUUGGGCGAGAAGGUGAUCACCCCUAGUAGCCUGGUCCAGCUCAUAGUGAAGGCCCGAUUCGUACCACCUGGUUCCUCCAACGUCCCCGAAGUCAACCCGGCUGACCUCGAGGAUAUCGAUCCCGAGGAAGGCGAUGUUGACGCCCUGAUGGGCCGAGGAAACCGAUCUGCCAAGUUUGCCAACGGCAAGGAUGCCGACAACAAGGCCAGCGCCAUCCAGCCCCCUCUCGCGCACGCCCCCUAUCUCGCCCGUGACCACUCCCCACGAUGGCACAUUUUCCUGGCCGACGCGAAACAAGACAAAAUGGCCGUGCCUCCCUUUACUUUCACUACCUUCGACAAGCCCUUGUUUGAUGAGUCCGGCAAGCCUACCUACAAUGUCCAAACUCUCAAGAUGCAAUUCCAGGCCCCUCCCCAGGUUGGAGAUUUCAACUUCGUUAUGCAUAUGGUUUGCGAUAGUUAUCUAGGCCUCGACACCAAGCUAGACAUUACACUUCAUAUUGAUGAUCCUGCCAAAGCCGCGGCUCUGGAGGAAGAAGAUGACAUCAGUGAGCCCGAUGAGGACUCAAUCGCCGGCCAAAUGCAAGCCCUGAAAACGGGCCAACCGCCAAAGAAGAAGGCCAAGAAGCCUGUAGACGAAUCCAGCGACGAAGAAAGUGAUACCGACGGGGACGAGGGAGAUACCAGUGAUACCAAUACUGAAACCGAUAUUGACGACUAACCAAACCGGCUAGGUAAAAGAGAAAAAAAAAAAAAAAAAACCAAAACCCAAAACCCAAAUACUGAAUGCAUGUAUGUAUGUACCUACCUACCUAUAAAGCAAGGAAGCAACGAGAAAAGAGGAAAGUCGAGAAAACAUAAUUUAUUCCUAUUUCACUUCCUAUCUUACUAGUAUUCCCCAAGUAUUUGACCCGGCAACACUGUUCCUCUUUAUACCUAUCUAUUAAUGGCCGUUUCUCUCUUGGAUUCUUUUUAUCUUUCCCUUAAGGCUUUUCUUCUUUUCUUUUUUCUUUUUUCUUUUUUGGUGAAUGUAUUAUAUUGUAUUGUAUGCUAUAUAUGUACGAACUACUUACUUACCAUGCAUGCAUGAUAUAUGAUAUGGGCGUUGAUAGAGAGAG